AUGUAUAUUUGUACUUAUUGCUUAUUUCCGGAUCGAUACUACUCUAGACAGGCCAUUGUUAACUGUAUUUAUAUAUACAGAAGUCCUGACGAGUGCCCAAGUGGUGGUUUCGGUUCUGCUUCAGAGCUGUUUCAGAGCUGUUUCGCAUGUCUUACUCCGACCAACCUUCGAUUUCGAAACCAUACAUUACGAGAUCACUGGUAUCGAGAUAGUUUCUGUUCUCAUCUCCGUUUCAUCUCCUGUUGUAUCGUCUACUUAUUUAAAUUCUUCCACGAUCUUCCUUCUUACAAUUUCUCGACACAUUCAUGCCUACUACUAAGCUUCUUCCAUAAAGCAAUAUAG